AUGGACUUUGACGAGGAGCUCAAUCUUUGUAUCACCAAAGGUAAAAAUGUCGAUCCUUCUUCAGGUGAAGCUUCUUCAACGUACCCGAGAUCUACGAAGAAGAUGAGAAAUCCUGAUCUUCGACCUAAACCCUAUCUCCCAUUUUCCUCUUCUUCUCCUAACUCCUUGGUGGCUUUCCCCUUUUCUCUUGAUCCAACGAUUCAGAAUCAACAACAACUCGGAUACGUUCCGGUUAACCAACAACACGACCCGACAACGCAAGGCCACAAGCAAAUGAUCUCGUUUAGUCCUCAACAGCCUCAGCAACAUCAACAGCAGUAUAUGUUCAAGUACUGGAGUGACACAUUGAAUCUAAGCCCUAGAGGAAGAAUGAUGAUGAUGAACCAAGAAAGUGUUCAGCCGUACAGCGCAACCAAGCUUUACAGAGGAGUGAGACAGCGUCAAUGGGGAAAAUGGGUCGCAGAGAUUCGUAAGCCACGGAGCAGAGCACGUCUCUGGCUUGGUACCUUUGAUACAGCUGAAGAAGCUGCCAUGGCCUACGACCGUCAAGCUUUCAAAUUAAGGGGCCAAAACGCAACACUCAAUUUUCCGGAGCAUUUUGUGAAUAAGGAAAACGAGGCGCAUGAUUCAAGUGGCGCGCCAAGUCCAUUGCCUCUGGAACAAUCCGAAACGCCGCCGCAGCAGCCAAGCGAGGUUAGCUUGGAGAGCAAGGAAGUUGCGGAUGGUGGGAUAGAGGAAGGGAUGGCUGAGGCGUGGUUCAAUGCGGUUACAGCGGGAUGGGGUCCUGAAAGUCCUCUCUGGGAUGAUUUGGACAGUUCUCAGUUUGCACAGAGCUCUUCUUCUUCUUCCUCUGCUUCUUGUCCCAUGAGGCCUUUCUUUUGA